UUCCGACAGAUGGCGCACUCACACUCAAGCAAACAUGCGCCACCAAUUAUUCAUUCCACUGACUAAUUAACGGAGCGGUAGCAUGACGAUAAUAGUAAUAAUGUGAUGAUCGAUCGGCGUUUUCGGACACGCAUGAGCGAGCGGAUGUGGCAUCAGACGACGGGCUGAGUGAGGUCGGGCUGCCGUGGACAGCGACGCUAUUGCAGGCUGCGGCGCACGUCAGGCGCACAACACAGCCGGGCUCCGACAUGGCUCAAGAGGGGGCACACAUGACGGAGGAAACCGAGUGCAUGAUAGACAGAGACGCGGGGAGGAAACCGGGAAGCGGGCAAUGUUCCGGGAACGUGAAAGAGAUGCGGGCGGUGAUGUUGUCAGGCUUCGGAGGGCUCAACAAACUCCGAGUGACCAAGAAGCUGAUGCCCGAGCCUCAGCGUGGUGAAGUGAAGAUCCGCGUCAAAGCAUGUGGUUUAAACUUCCUGGAUUUGAUGGUACGUCAAGGGACUAUUGAUAGUCCUCCUAAACCUCCUCUUGUUCCUGGCUUCGAAUGCUGUGGGAUCGUGGAGUCCGUGGGUGAAAACACAGAAAGGUUCGAGAUAGGAGACCGAGUUAUGGCUUUUGCCAACUACAACGCCUGGGCAGAAGUUGUCUGCACCCCAGAGGAGUUUGUCUACAAACUGCCAGAUGAGAUGAGUUUUGCAGAGGCCGCAGCGUUCGCGCUGAACUUCGUCGCUGCCUACAUGAUGCUCUUUGAGGUGGCCAACCUCAGAGAGGGAAUGUCGGUGCUGGUGCACUCAGCUGGUGGUGCUGUUGGUCAAGCUGUGGCUCAACUGUGCUCCACCCUACCUAACGUGACCGUCUUCGGGGUCGCUUCCAGUUCGAAACACUCCGCCAUCAGAGAUUCUGUGACUCAUCUCUUUGACAGGAACACUGAUUACAUACAAGAAGUCAAAAAGAUAUCUCCAGAGGGAAUAGACAUUGUGUUGGAUUGUCUAUGUGGGGAAAACACAGGGAAAGGCCUCAGUCUCCUGAAGCCAUUGGGAACGUACAUCCUCUACGGCGCAUCGAACAUGGUUACUGGGGAGACAAAGAGUUUGUUCAGCUUUGCAAAAUCUUGGUGGCAGGUGGAGAAGGUGAACCCUAUUAAACUGUAUGAGGAGAACAAAGUCAUGGCAGGAUUUUCGUUGCCCAACCUCCUCUUCAAGCAGGGAAGAUCUGCUUUGGUGGAAUCGGUGAUGGACAAACUCUUGUGCCUCUACAAUCAAGAGAAGAUCAAGCCGGUGGUGGAUUCUCUGUGGGCUCUGGAGGAGGUUAAAGAGGCCAUGCAGAGAAUUCACGACAGAGGCAAUAUUGGAAAACUCAUUCUGGAUGUCGAGAAGUCGCCUACUCCCUUGAUGGCCAGCGACAGUACUGAGACCAGCGAAGCGGGGGAGGAAGAAGAGGAGGCGGAGGGGGACAAUGACAGCAAAGAGCGCAUGCCUUUUAUCCAUUAGAGCUAACCGAACAUGCCGUGAGGCGUCCCUUACAGGUUUACCUAGUAAGGUCACGCUGAGCGAGUUGUGCAGUUUUUGUGCAUGUAAUGUACUCAUGUAAGUAUUCAUCUUGUUCGUUACCUGUUGUUACUUGCAGAUAGAGUGUUGGCGAAAGGACAUUGUUAUGCACGUGCAAAGUACAAAGUGCAUUGUUACGUGACGUUUUUUUUUUCUUUCCGUUUUAAAACAAUCUAGUGAGUCACUUUAAUUCGUAAUAUGAGUUAUUAAUAGGCUUAUCUAACCCCGCUGACUUGCUUUGAGCAUUUAACAAAUAGUCAAUUUUAGAUUUAGUAGAAAAUCAAUCAAUUUAACAAAAACACAUUUUUUGAAAUAUCCUCCCUGUACUUGAUGAUGGCGGACGAGGUGAAAUAUUAGUAAGGGCAGGAAAUGCAUACAUGCAGAAAAUGUUAUUUUUAAGCAUCCCUACAGGUGCCAACCUCGUUAUAUUAAGAGAUCACAUGUGCCUUGUGUUUGAUAAUUGAAAUGUUUUCCCUAAUGUCAGGCUACCAAGUGAACACAUUUACUGUAUGUAUAACUGGAGUAUUAAAACUAAUCCAAACUACCGGUAAUCAUGUUGUACCCUGAGAAUGACGUUUAGUGAGAUCUUUGUACACAGCAAUUGGAUUGAUGAAAAUCAGUUUUAUCACGAAACCUUUACCAACAUGAGUUGUAUUUAUAACCUGGUUACAUAUGUGGUGAUGUUUAUAAAACACUGGGAUCCAUCAGGAGAUGAUUUGAAAAGACAAAGUUUAUAUAUGUGGCACAACAAAGAUGAGAAAUGAAAAUAGAUCAGAACCUCUGGGAAAAAUGUCUUAAGAGGAGGAUGAUGAUUUCCUCUGCCAUUUGGGAACAGUUUUUAUUACCUGUCUGACCAAAGUUACUGUAUUUACUUUCUGGUGCCUCAAAACAAACAUGGCCUGAGAGAAUGCUUAUUUUUAGAAUAAACACAUCCCAUCAAAAUUUGAAAUGCAGGGAAUACUAUAAAGAGGCCCUGAUGACGUAUACAUUUGUAUCAUGUAAUGUUUUUAAAGAUGUGUGUAUAAUGCAACAGCAAACUUGAAUCACUUUUCACAAAAGCAGAUGUAUUAAGCGUACAGUACGUACCGACUGACUGAAAACAAGCUGUUAAACACACCAUCAGCUCAUUCAAAUCAAAACUAACUAAGGUAAUACGGAUUAUGCUAGAAAUUACUUUUAGAUAUAAUUAAGAAAUAUGUGUAACGUAGCUCAUCACUUUUUAAAUUAAUCUCGGUAUUAAGUAGAAAUAUAUAUGAUAUGUGUGUUUGCAAGAGAAAAGGAAAAGGUGCAUGUUUUGAUAAUUUUUGCAUAUGUUUGUGUUCACGUGUUUGUGUUUGUUUGUUUCUUAUCUGUGGUCGACUAUUUUUGUCCAGUUUUGCCAACUUCAAUUGUGCAUUUUGUUUACAUGAAAAUAAAUGGAUACGCAAAGAAACUCUUUUAAUGAUCCCCAGAGGGUAAAUUCAGGUGUUACAGCAGCCCACAGCAGGUUGUCAAACAUUAUUUCAACAGUAUUAUGAAUCAGUGAGCAUGAACCAUUCAGUUAUGCAUCCUUUGUAAAUGUAUACAUAAAAAUUUAAGUUGUGGCAGAGCAU